UUUUCGUGUCCUUUGUUCCAGGCUUCAUCGCCCUUGUCGUUUGCUCCCUUGUUUCAACUAAGGUUCAUGUCUGAUCUUGAAGUUCAAGUCCCCACUGCCUUUGACCCGUUUGCUGAUGCAAAUGCUGAGGACUCUGGUGCUGGAACAAAGGAAUACGUGCACAUACGUGUUCAGCAGCGUAAUGGUAGAAAAAGCCUGACGACUGUCCAGGGACUUAAGAAAGAGUAUAGCUAUAGCAAGAUACUUAAAGACCUUAAGAAAGAGUUUUGUUGCAAUGGCACUGUAGUCCAGGACUCUGAAUUAGGACAGGUUAUUCAGCUUCAAGGUGAUCAGAGGAAGAACGUUUCUACGUUCCUUGUUCAGGCUGGUCUUGUGAAGAAGGAUAACAUCAAGAUCCAUGGUUUUUGAGCAAAUUCUAGAUACUUGUUGUUCAUAUUUGCCCAACGACUUGAGUUUGCGGAUACAAUCAGCCAGUCUCUAAGGCAAUAUAAACAACCACCUUAUGUAUUAAUGUUUUUAUAUUGUGUCACAACAAUCUAAAGGUUUGCUUUAUGAGCGAAUAUAAAUGUAUGAACGUUCCCUUUGCGUUUCUAGUGUGAGAUUAUUAUCAAUAAAACUUGCUUUGUGAA